UAUCAUUCUGUUAUAUUUGCAAGCCUCGCGUUUUGCUCUGCUAGGGUUUUCAAUUUGGGGAUUUUGUGGUUACUGCUUAUAUAGCAGUCGGGGAAAUUCGCCGUUGUCGGAAAAUGUCUCGGUGCUUGCCGUACACGCCUUCCGUGAAGGCGGCGAAUAGAGAGGCCUUGCUCGAACCGAUUAAGCUCCCAAGAGAAUUGGAGAAGAAAGCCAAGAUACAUAGGAAGAAAGAGAAGAAAGAGAAGAAGGAGAAGAAGGUGAAGAGUCAGAAUAGAAAAGGGCAUAAAGAGGAUGAGUUAUCUACUUGCGCUACUAUUUGGGGAGUGGAUGCAAUUGCAAGGUAUCCUCAAGAAGUAGAAUCUAAUCAACUGGAGAAAAGUGACAUUACAGAAGAACAUGAAUUACCAACCUUGUCUGAGAACAUGUCUUACUUGUCUGAUGGCACCCAAAGCGGCGCAAAACGGAAAAGAACCAUCAUUCGCUUUAAAUCAUUGUCCAAGCGCAGUGAUCCAGUGUCCUCAGAUGCCUCUUGUUCUGAGCCUACUUCCGGGAAGGCAGAUUUCGAAACAGAUCUAAAGAUGACUGAAAUUGUUCAUGCACCUAGUGCACAGACAAAUGUUGAAUUUGAGAAAGCCGCUUCUACUUCGGACCAAAAGUUGUCGACAUGUGACCAUGCGGAAGAUGUACUGCACCAGUCCCUGAUUGUUAAUUGGGUUCAGCCUCUACUUCAAUCAGUACUUGAUGAUUAUGGUGAUCAAGAUUGGCUCUUUGAGACAAAGCGUGAAAAUAGCCAUGGUUCUAAAAGAUUCAAAGCUAGCAAUGAGGUGUUGUCAGGUUAUACAAGUCAGACAUUUUGGCCACAGGCACGCUGGUUGCCUGAGUCUGGCUUAUCCGCAUUACCCUUUACUGUUCCAUUUUAGUUUUUUUAGUCUUAUUUGUAUACGGUGAGCAUCAAAUAGUCUGGCUUGUACGUAUAGUUCCACUGAGCAUCAAGAAGAUUGAGUUAUUCUUGUAGAAGAGGCAUCAUGGCCCUUUUGAAAUCCUCUUGUAAUUGAAUUAUUUCACAUCUAUCAAAGUAAUUAUAAUUUUUUAUC